CAACUGAGAACAAACAGAGAGAGACAGAAGAACAAAACCCUCCCAAGGAGGUUAGGAAACACAGCUUAUUGACCCAAAAGAAUGAAGCUAGCAACAGUUCAGACUUAACAAACACAUCCUGAUGCCCACAUUUGCUGGAGAGGUUCAGUUGUCAGCCCAAGCGUUUGUUACUGUGGGGGUUCCCAUGGCUCCAGCACAGGGAUCUGGAGCAUAAGGGCAAUGAUUUUGAUUGGGAAGGGUGCAUCAGUCCCCACUACCCCAUUGGCAUGGCCCCUUCAAGCUGCUUGCACCAAUGCCAAACUCACCUGACAGAGUUAUCAAAUAACAGCCACUGGUACCAGCUGAAGGACAAGAGCGCUUGGAGCCAGACUUUCAAAAAGAGCUCAGCACCCAUUUAGGCUCCUACGUAAGUGGCCAGAUUGUCUAAGGAGCUCAGUGUGCUGGGUGCUGAAGUUUUCAGACGCUGGGCGCUGCUGGGGAAGAGCGCCUUAGAGAAUCUGGUCCCAGUGGUGGUUGCUGAGCCCUUGAAAAUCCUAAGCUAGCCGUGUUCUCCCUUCAGAAUUUCUAAAGCACAAAGGCCUGAGCCUGCAAGAUGCUGCGUGCUCUUCAACCCGCACAGAUCCCCCAACACCUCACAGAGGCAGAUCCUAAAAAGCAGCCCAAUGGCUUCAGUGUGUCAAACGCAACAUGGGAGCCAGUCCUGGGGCUUCAGUUCCAGUCACAAGUGGAUUUUCAGUGCUGAGAUGGCUUCCCACCAUCUACACCUGAAAACAAAGGUACUGAAGGGGGAACCAGACAUGCAACACUGACACAACUUGUAAAUCCAAACUGUACAGGAUCUCGGACUAAAUCCUUCAAGUGGAGUUGGAAGACCACAGUAUCCUCAACACCACCACCACAAUGAGGGAGACGCAGUUAUUUACCAGCCCAGGCCCUUAAUAUCCUUCUCAAUAACAAAAGAGGCAGAUGAGUGAGAGAUUGGAAUCACUAAUCCUCCAAUAAAGACAGAAUUCUAAAAGCUGGACAUUGUGUUCCCUUUGUAUGUCUGUGCACAGAGGGACAGAUGGGGACUGAGUGCAAACAGAAACUUAAGCCCUUCUCUAUGAUGUAGUCCAUCAUUUCUUUUUUAAACAACAGGGUAUUUUAUUUCAGCAGGAAAACAUGUCCUGUGUCCAGGAGUUCCGCCAUUCUAAUCCCAUCUUUGCCACCAACUCCCAGGAUAGAUUUGCACCAAUCUAUGUCUCAGUUGCUCUGUCCCUUAAAUGGGGGUAACAACAUGGACCGUCACUAGGUUGUCAUGAGGAUCAAUGCUUGCAAAGCAUUUCCUGAGGAUGUGGCGUGCCAUUAGGGUUUAAGUCCAGAGAUGUGGUUGCAAUUCACAGAACCUUCUGGGAUCCCACUGAGAAAGAAGGGAAGGUUGGGGCUCCACAACACUGUGGUCUCCCCUUCUAGAUUGACCUACAUUUGCUGCUACCGGAGGUAUUUCAAAGGCAAAAAGCUGGCUCUUUGGGACCAUAUGAAUAGGACACGGACAAGUGUUUCUGGUGGCAGGGCAGAUUCUGCAGCCUCUGGAGGAAGAGUGGGGAAGGGUUCCACCAUCUCCUUAGACACAGCAUCAAGCCAGAAGCCGUUCACCAGCUGUGGGCAGGAAGAAGUUAGCCACCAGUGUGACGGAUGUUUUGCCUUCCUUGGAAGCAUUAUGUAGUGACCAUUGCUAACCAGUCAUUCAUCAGGCUGGAGUCGUUGCUAGGUAGGGGAGAGUGGACGUGGUGGGAUCAAUGGGCCUGGCUCAAUAAUGGAGUAACACAAACCAAACAGAUACAUUUUUCUGAUUGGGAGCCGGUUCCCAUUCAGCUUAAAUGAUCUGACCAGGAGCUCCCUCCCUCUGGCGCUGCCUGGUUACAAAAACCAUGACACCGGCGAGACAAAGAGAUGAAUUCAAACAGUUGUUUUCAAGUAUAUGUACCAAAGGCAGUUUCCCUAGUGCUUAAAGCAGUAGGACCGGGAGUCGGGACUCCUGAAUGUACAGCUGUCAUUGACAAGGGGUGGGACCUUGGGCAAGCGAGUUCACUUCGUUCUGCCUUCAUUCCCCCAUCCGCGUAAGGCAGCUGGCUGUUCCUUUCAAGUUCUUGCAUCGUGCCCAGCACCCUGGCAUCAGAUCCCAGAACAUGCUCCCCACCUCCCACUAGAGCAGGUUAAAAGGUGUAAAUCACCAGAGUUUGUAAAUGGCCUCAAGCUCCUUGAAGGUAAAGUGCUUCAGUUGAACUGACCGCUGUUUUUACGCUUUUUACGAAAGUGCUGCCCAGCCAGCAGCCUUUCCAACCCCCGCCUUGAACAAACAGGUCGCAUUUCCCCUCUGCAUGCCAAGCAGGCCCCAGCAGAUGCAGAUGAUGGGAUUUCUAGUAAAGGCCUGCCCACAACUAAUUUCUCGCUGUGGCACACCAAGCUCCUUCGAUAUUUAUUUAAUGAUUGAAUAACUGCCAACACUGUAAAAAGCUUCUGAGAAUGGAGUCAUUCACCACGCUGGAGUCAUUAACAGGGUGGGGGAGAAGGUAUUUGGCUCAAGUAUUCCACAUUUUCUCUAGCUGUUCAAGGGUACUUCUCAACACCCCAUCCCAGUCGUUCUUGGAGCUAUCAUUUGUUCAGAGGUACUUUCUCUGCCAAGCCUCUCAUUGCAGGAUUUCGGAGGCCUGGUGGGGGCAGGGUAGUCAGUCUUUUGCCCAACCCUCUUGCGUAUGGAGUGGUGGCCAGUACAAAAUGGGACUGGCUGCCCAUUGUAGUUAGGUUGACUUUAGCGCACUGUGACACAGUCUGCACAGACAGACAGACCUUCCUCUCCCCACUGAAACUUUUUUUAGGGACAACUCCUCUCAGAGGUGUUGCCUGAGACCAAUCUGACUGCACCAGUUCCAUUCUUCCUCUCUGCAUUGCCGUCCUACUCUCCACCCAGCACAGACCCCCUAAUUCCUCUGCCUCCUUCGCUCCACAUUCCCCUUCUUCCCCCUUCUCACAUCUGCUCCCUCAGUUCUGCUUCUUCCUUUACUCUGCUUCCCUCUCGCCUCCUUUUCAUCAGUGGUGAAAUGCACUUGGGUUGCUCACUCCACCUGCCCUCACACCUGGCUUCUGGAGGAGUUGAUUCAUAGCAAAAUCAGCUGGAUAGGUAAGUACAGGUGGAAAAGUCAACAGAGGGCCUUUUAAGUAUUGCUCAGAGAACUGACUUUAACCUUAAAAAGCCUGGCCAGCCAUGCCAGAUGACCACCAAAUGAUUGGAGAGAAAAACACUUGACAACCAGGCACAAGACCAGACUCGAUCCAAGUACCACAACGUCCAUCCCUCAGGAGCUGAAUGCACUGUGGAUACGCCCUUGCAUGUUGGAAUCUCAGCGGCAGUUAUCAGGAGACCCUCCCAGCCUGUUAGCAGCAGCUGAAUCUGCCUCAAAGUGCUGGGCUGGGCUGGGCUAUGUUGGUGCGUUUUGGUUGGGCCCCACAUUGCAGUAGUUGCAGGGUCCCACAGCUGCUGUUUCCAUGUAUGCUUACGGACUGUGGUAGUGGCUGAUCAUCUGAUGCCCUACUGCACAGCACUGAAUUGGCUGGACUGCUGGAAGGCACUCCAGCCAGAAUUUUUUUUUUUAAUCCAGUAAAACCAACAAAACAUGAAAAUAAUUGUUGCCACACCCAGGAAUUAGUGGUAGAAGCUUGAAUUUCCCCCACGCUACUCCUCUGAAAGCUAGAAACAAAUAAUAGCUCUCAGUCAACAGCUCGUCAACUGAAAGAGCAUAUUCAUGGAAACCAAUGCUGCAGCAGAGCUUCAAAAAAGUUAAUACCAAAAGCUUCUGCUCAAACACCCAAAUUCAUCUUGACCGGCAUACAGCUCACUCACACAGCAUUAGCAUGGCUUGGAGCUGUAACACGAAGGUUCACCUGGGAGGAAUAUUUCUCUCAUUCUUUGGAUGGGUCUCAUCCUGCGUUGUGACUUUUGUGCCACUCUGGAAGAAUCUCAACCUGGACUUGAAUGAAAUGGAGAUCUGGACCAUGGGGCUUUGGCAAGUCUGCGUAAUGCAAGAGGAAGGCACUAUGGAGUGUAAAAGCUAUGAGUCUUUCUUGGCUCUGCCAUUGGACCUCAGGGUGUCCAGGAUUUUGAUGUUCCUCUCUAAUGGAUCGGGACUUCUUGGAUUCUUGAUCUCCAGUUGUGGGCUGGACUGUUGCAAGGCCCGGGAAGAAAAAACAACUCUAAAGAAACAACUAACGCUUUGCGGAGGAGUGAUUUUUGGCAUCUCAGGAAUUAUGACCCUCAUUCCAGUUUCCUGGCUUGCCUAUAACACCGUAUAUGAAUUCUGGGAUGAAACUGUCCCAGAAAUUGUACCUAGAUGGGAAUUCGGAGAAGCAAUGUUCCUGGGCUGGUUUGCUGGAUUUUUCCUUGUAGUAGGCGGGCUGCUCAUCACCUGCUCAGCCUGUUUGAAAGGGACGGAAAUGACAACAAUGCCUUUAGCAGCUGGCCGUGAACCAACGCAGGUGCAAGGUCCAUUAGCAAUGCGACACUGGAGCCAACAUUCACAUCCCAAAAACGCCGACCUGGUAAUCUAAGACUUCCAGCACAGAAUUCUGUACUGCUCCCUAGCUUUUCAGAUUGUGAGAAGUUCCCAUAAUAAUUUUCAGGAUGAUUAGCUACUUCUUUGUCCAUAAGAAAUUAUUAAGUCUCGCUAUUUGUUUUGUCUUCCUGUGUGUUGGUAAGUUUUAAAGAGCAAAAGCUUUUCCUGAGACACUUGCAAGCUGAGUCUGGAACUAUAAAAUCAGUGACGUGAACACAGAAAACUAAAUAGCACUUCAUAUUUCUAGCAACAUUUUAAAUGCAGCAUGUUACUGAUUAUUCUAUCUGAGCAUCUUUGGAAAUUUCUGAUAGGAUAGUAACAUCUGUACACAAUUCUGAAGGUUAUCGCUCCUUAACUGUCUGUUGUAGGGAGACAAGGUGGGUGAGGAAAUAUCUAUCAAUACACAGGGAUAAAUUCCACCACAUAUUUUAUUCAAUUUGAUGGCAACAUGUUUCUGUGCUCUCAGAAAGUAACUGCAUCUUGAACAGCAUAAGAGAAGAUGGGGAUGCAGGAUUUUAGCUAUAAAGAGCAACGCUGCAGUAUUUUUAUUCAUCUAGCAACAUUUUCUUAUAGAAAGUCAGUUUAUAAAAAAAAUGCAUUUUCCACAUCCAUGAAAGGUGCAAAAUCAGAGGCAUAUAUUUACUAGUCAGUGAAAUCAUAAAAAUAUCAGACCCACAAUUAGAAUGUUAUCCAAUUUAAUUCUUUUUUAGAUCACUUGUGUAUAACAAUUAGAAUGUAACUAUUCCUCUAAAGAUCUCCUAAAUUUUCAUUUGGCUACCAAAAAAAAAAAAGUUUGUAUUCACUUACUGUGUUUACUAAUAAAGUUAUAUAUAAGAAAUCUGUUAAAUACUCAUUUUAGCCUGAUCAGGAGUAAAUCUGAUACUACAGUACUAUUUAACAACUCUGUUUUGUUAUUUUUAUAACCUUUGCUUACAAUGUCUGUGACAAUGAGAUCAAAGCAAGGAAGCCCCCAUCCAAACCCAGAGUUCAUUUGGGAAUCAAAGAAGUUCACUUUUGGUUUAAAAAGUUUGGUUUUGCAAUUUGCAGUUCAUUCCAGCAGAAAUACCAAUAUGCAGAGAGCAAGGUUAUUUGCAGAAAUUUUUCUAGCCUGGCUGAACCCAGGACAUUUUAGAAACUUUGCAGACAGGCCAAAAAAUGAACUUUAGGGAGCCCAAGCUUCCUGAACAAUCCACCCUCCGUCAGCCUUUCAAAUCUCCCAAUUGUUACUUGAAAUGAUGCACGUAUUUCUUUCAUGAACUGGAACUUUGCUUGGAUGGAUAAUUCAGGAUGUGGUCUCACAGCCUGAUCCAAGUCAACGGAAGGUCUCCCCAUUUUCUCUACUAGGUUUGGAUCAGGUCCCAAGUGCGUACCUGUUAGAUCCUUAAAACUCAUGUUAAAAAGAACUGAAAGGAACCCACCGAA